AUGUGGGUUCUUUCGUGGCAAGAUCCCAAUUCCGCCACCUCCCAUCCGUUGGCCUACAGCAGCCAGAUUGUCAUGGUGAACCCAGCGGCGAGCCUUGGCAGCAUCGAGAGUACCGUGGAGACCGUGGAGACCAUGAGCUCCAAAAGCGUGGCGCCCUCCAGUCCGGGGAAAUCGGAGCGUGGGGAAAGUCGGGCCUUGGCCCGGGCUGUCCCGGCCCCGGCCGGUCCAGGGGCCUUGUUUUCGGAGUCCGCUCUGAAGGCAUUUACUGCAGGCUACGCCUCCUUCGGACAACUGGACGGUGAUCUCACGUUGAAG